GUGACCUCCGGGCUGGCCGGGUGCCAGCACACAGAGCAUAGCCCAGCCAAAGGACUCCGGCCAUGGCCUGCCCUGGCUGCCUGCUCCUCCUUCUGGUGGGAGCCUUCCUGGCAGUCUCCCAGGUGACUCUGGCCCAGCCAAAUGCACUGCUGGUCUUCCCUGGCCAAGUGGCUGAACUGUCCUGUGUGCUCAACUCCAAGCAUGCCUCCAUUGGGGACCUGGGUGUGUCUUGGUACCAGCAGCAUCUGGGAAGUGCUCCCUUCCUUCUUUACUACCACUCACAGGAGACCCAUUAUCGGCCUGCUGGCGUUCCUGACCGGUUCUCUGCUACCGAGGACGCGGCCCACAAUGCCUCUCUACUGACCAUCAGUCCUGUGCAGCCCGAGGACGCGGCCCAUUACUUCUGUUCCGUGGGUUAUGUCUCUGAUCCCUAGGGUGGUGGUAUGGGCCAUUUGUCUCCUGUUUGCCUCUGUUAAAAUGCGCUAAUAACAUUCACCAUGUCAAUAAUAGUUCAUCUGAGAUCUUGGCUGAAAAAUAAA